AUGGCGGCAAAGCUUCUCUGGACACUUGCAGUAUCGCUGGCUUUGGCCGGCAUAGGCCAGAGCGCGACUGUGCCAGGCAAUGAUGCUGCUCUCGCUGCGGCAGUGGCCGCUCCAAGCCGGUACAUCGUCCUGUUUGAAGAAGGGGCGGUCGCCAACUUUCAAAAGAGAGACGGCACAAUCGAUGUCAGAGGCUUUGCAACAGCCGUGUCGUCUCACAUCCAGAAGAACACGAAGCCGGCCCUGACCUUCGAUUCCAGCCUGUUUCGUGGCGUCUCAGUCGACGUGCUUGAUGCGAACUCGACUUCAGUUGACCAGAUUAAGGCUAUCGAGGGCGUUUCUCAGGUCUGGCCCGCGGGACUGUUCACCAUUCCGCCCACUUCAGAAGCUGUGAUCUCCGAUUCCGACCGGCCCACAUGGUCGCCGCACAACACCACCAGGGUGAACGAAGUCCAUCAAAGGGGGCAGAAAGGUGACGGCGUUGUUGUCGCUAUGAUUGACAGUGGUGUUGACUACAACCACCCUGCCCUCGGCGCAGGAUUCGGCCCCGGUUUCAAGGUUGAAGGCGGUUAUGAUCUGGCAGGCGACAACUACAGUCCCGGGGGACCGACCAACCCGGACUCGGAUCCGAUGGACUGUGCGGGCCAUGGUACUCAUGUUGCUGGCAUCAUCGCAAGCCAGAACGAGUAUAACCCGGGUGUGGCGCCGAACGCGCGCCUUCGCAUGUACAAGGUCUUCGGUUGCGAAGAUGGCACCACCGAGGACAUUGUCAUUGCUGGCUUCUUGAGAGCCUUUGAAGAAGGAGCUGAUGUGAUUACUGCAUCUCUCGGCUCGGCACUUGGUUUUCCCUACAUUGCUGCAUCCAUUGUGGUAUCGAAGAUUCAGGCCGCAGGUGUGGUUGUCACUGCCGCCGCCGGGAACAGUGGCAGCGCUGGACCCUUCUGGACCACCAACCUGGGAAACGGCUUCGGCACCACAACGGUCGGAAGUGUUGAGCAGAGCGACCGUGUUGUGUACACAGUGAAGGCGCGAUCGGCCAACGGCACGACUCGUGAUAUUGUACAAGUUCCCAAGGGCAACGUUUUGGUGCAAAGACAGGGCGACUGCGAUUGGUCAAGAAUGGAUUUGAUCACUUGGGGUCGGGUCGAAUGGGUGUUCUAUUACGGCAAGCAGGGCGAGGGACUACCAGUUCCAAAUCGCUUUAUUCAAGAUGCUGGAGCUCAAGCCAAAGGAUUGGCCGGAAUUACCUACGAGGACGGGCAAUGGCUGCUGCAACACUCCGACAACAACAUCACAGUCACGUUCGAGUUUGAAGAGAACCCUAGGCCAGUCUCUCACCGUUGGACCGACGCCAAUGGAGUCAGGACGAGUGCUUUCAGCUCCUGGGGUCCAACAUUGGAUUGCAGGAUGAAGCCAGAGAUCGCCGCGCCCGGCGCAACCAUCCUCUCCACGUAUCCCCUCAAGCUUGGGAAGUGGGCCACACUUUCGGGAACUAGCAUGGCAACUCCUUAUGUGAAGAUUGCCGGCGUUGCGGCUCUUAUACUGGGGUCCAAGGGAGGCCGCGCUGGUUGGGGCCCUGAUGCCGCACGAUUGGUGCACGAAAGGCUCAUUGCCAGCGGUCAGCCCGUCUCCAUGAGAAACGACAACUCUGCUUACACUCCCGUGGCUAAGAUUGGGGCUGGGAUCGUUGAUGCCGUCAGGGCGGUCGAGUACAACACGUUCGUGUCGCCUGCCAACCUCAACCUCAACGACACCGUGCACUUCAACGGCGUGCACACAAUCAAGCUCACGAAUAGAGGCCAAGAGGUGGUUACGUACAAUGCUACUCACCAGAAUCUGAAUGGCUUUCAAGCGGUUUCGAUCAGCACCAAGUACGUGGACACAGAUCCCGACAUCGCUGGGUACUUCGCGUCGGUGGCCCUGUCAGCCGAAAGUGUCACAGUCGGACCAGGUGAGACGGUUGAGAUAACGGCGUCAUUCACGGAACCGGACAACGGCGUCUACGGGCUCAUGCCCGUGUACGGUGGGAACAUUCAUCUCUGGGGCUCCAAUGGAGAAGACGUCCGGGUCACAUAUAUGGGCGUCAAAGGUCCCCUUUACUCUCAGAACUCAUGGCUCUACACCCCGUCAUUUAUCCAGAACAAGAACUCGGACAGUCUCAUUGGUUUCCCUGACGGGGAGGAAUAUUUCAUUGGCCAGUGGGAGAAGCAGCCGGCAGCUCUUUAUACCAACAGCUGGGCGAGUGAGGAGCAGAGUUUCGAUUACGUGGCCAAGGACUGGACGCCUGAGGACUGGGUUUAUCCUCCUGUUCCAGGCAAGAACAAGUGGUUUGGAUCCAUGACCAGUUCCGAACGUGUUUUCCCCGCCCUGUUCCAACCUCGAAUUCCCACCGGGAGGAUGUUUGCUUAUGGCUCCAUGAACAUCAGCCAGGGCACUACUCUGGUACCCGGCGAAUACCGCAUCCUGGCCAGGAGUUUGCGGAUAUAUGGUGAUCGCUCCAACUUGGAUGAUUGGCAGACAGCUUUGUCAAAUUGGUUCACCCUCAAGGCGCUGCCCCCAUCAAACUCCACCACCACCACCACAUCUCAGACGGCUACUUCUACUUCAACCACUGCACCCACCUCCGCUGCGCCACUCCCACCUAUCGCUGUCUGCGGCGAGUCCGUUCCCAUCAACCUCACGGCUCGCAUUACUACAGAGACCAGCAGAUAUGGUCUCAAGUUGAGCUCCGACUUCUUGGUCUACGACCGCCGCGGCGACGGUACGCAUUUCGAGUGGGCCCUGACCAACGAAGGUUACCUCAAGACUCGCGACAUUUCGCGCAGUACACCAGUGGACAUCUACGCAGCUGUGCAUUCCAACAAUAACGGCUUAAUCUACAUGUAUACGCCUGGCCAGAUAUCGGGAGCGUUCUCGUAUCUUACUUGCGCGCGACAGGGAACCGAACUGCUGUGCACAGCCAACACGAAGUCUUCUUUCUACGACUGCCAAGAUCCCGAAGACAACGAGGCCUACGUUCACAUCCGCAGCGGCCCGGAAGUUCGGAGCGGCUGUCGGCAGGUAACUUUCAACUUCGAGGAUCUUCCGCAGGCCUGCGACACGCCAACCGCUAGUUCUCCUGCGACGGUCAGCGCAGCUCCGACGGUGAGCCUCAUGGUUUGA